AACAACUUGUGAAUAAACACGUCUGUAUAAGAAGGGCUUAGAUUAGAAUUGACAAAAAGCAAACUCUGGAAGCAUGAGGUUUUCGUUUCGUCUAGCCGCCGGAAAAAGAGAGAGAAAGAGAAGAAGAACCGUCGUGAAGCCACAAUGGAAGAUUUCAAUCCCAGAGAAUGUUUUAAUGGAGAUCCUGCCGAGACUACCGGCGAAAUCACUGAUGAGAUUCAAGUGUGUGUCAAAGCUCUGGUACUCCUUAAUCUCCUCUCGAUAUCUUACCAAUAUUUUCCAUAAAUCUUCAUCAUCUACGCAAGGACGGCGCCUGUUCAUGUCUUUGGUGGACAAGGAAAUGAACUACAACUAUGCGUUGGUCUCAUCAUCUCGUGACUCUGUCCCUGUCAUAUCGCCUUAUGACUCUGUCCCUGUCUUUGAUCUCGACCAAUAUUUGGACAUGCGUGGAAUAGAAGGCUGCUUUGUGAACGCUCUUCGCGGGUUGGUGUGUUUCAGAAUUGGGACAAGAGUUCGAAUAUGUAACCUCACCACCAGGCAACAUGUGACCUUACCUAUCUUAAGACCAAUAACUGUGGCUAAACCUAUUGACAAUGUGUGGAACUAUUUUGGGCACGACCCUGUUCACGACGAAUACAAAGUGUUUAGCACAGUUUGGGAGAUGAGCGAAGAAGAGAGAGUAGUGAGAUCCGAGCAUCAUGUGUUGGUACUUGGUCCUGAAGCUUCAUGGAGAAACACUCAAAACACCAUUACUCCUCCUCCUCAUCGUCCGUACUCACAAGGUAUCUCCAUCAACAAUGUUUUGUAUUAUGGAGCUUGGGUUGAUAAAAAUAGAUGUGUUGUUAUGAGUUUUGACAUGAGGUCUGAAGAGUUCACUUUGAUUGAAUUACCCCUUGAGGCUGGCAUUGUAUGGAACACGUCUCCCGCAAAUCUCAUGAAUUACAAAGGCAAAUUAGCUGUUUUCGAAUAUUCAAGUGUAUUGAAUAGUGGUAGCAUGGAUCUAUGGGUUGUUAAAGAUGCCGGGAAGAGUCAAUGGUCGAACAAGAAGACUAUUGAUUUGCCUAUUUUUCAAACGCGAUCACUUGCCAUGUCCAAUGGGGUGCUGAUACAUGCCACUAAUCACAGCUGUGAAAUUAGGUUGUCAUCGAAAGAGAUCAAUAUACAUAAACCACACUCUGUCAUUUAUGAUUUGGAGAAGAACAAGAUAACAAGACACAUUCAAGUAAUGAACUUAUUUGAUAGUUUUUGCAUAUGCAAGUUUUUGGAUGUAACAUUUUGGGAUGAUAUUGAAAGCAUCAUGUAUUUGGAGACCUAGUUUAUCUUACGUUUUAAUCUAAAUACUCUAUUUUUCUCUAUUCUUAGCUGUGUAAGUUUUUUAACUGUUAGUAACACUUUUGAUAAAACUUUUGUGAUUGGUAA